AUGACGAAGAAAAAGCGCAAUUUCAUUGUCAUGGGGGACUUUAACAUCGACAUUUUAGAUGAUAACAGUCCAAUGACUAGAAAACUCGCUGACUUGUUGGGGUCGUUUGGCCUUAACUGGUCGAUCACCUCUCCCACGAGAGUUACGACCACUUUGGCGACUGCGAUUGACAAUGUCGUCACAAAUUUGUCAGACACCGAGGCUUUAGUGGUCAACACAGCCAUUUCAGAUCACUAUGGCCAACAGCAAACCAAUUCGGGUUCCGAAGUGGAAAAGUCAACAACUGACGCAAUCGUUCGUCUGGUCGACAUGAUAGUAGAAGGAAUGGAAGAUCGAGGAGACACGUUGAGUGUAUUUCUCGACCUAUCGAAAGCAUUUGACUGUGUUGACCACCAUUCCCUCAUUCUCAAAUUGGAACAUUACGGGGUGCGAGGAGUGCCACUCAAGUGGCUCGAAUCGUACCUUAGUGAUAGAAAACAAUUUGUUGGAAUUUCAGACGUUCGAUCUGAAGGGAGAGGGCUUUAUUAUGGAGUUCCCCAGGGCUCCAUCCUGAGUCCUCUACUCUUUUUGAUCUACGUCAAUGAUGUUGGUUCAUCGGUAAGCCGCGGACAACUCGUCCAAAUACCCGAGAAUGUGCCGCUACAGCUGGUGUAUGCAUGCAUUGUUUUACGAAUGCUGUACAACAUAGCGUUGGAUACAUACGACAAGCCGAAUCAGAAUGUUGUGUCGUUUAAGUCACCCUCCCAUAAACGACAAAAUAUUGAGAGUCAGCGUUCUCUAGAGUCUCCAUCAUCUGGCCGUCGGAUAAAUUCUCUGAACCUGACACCGCCAGCACCUGACCCUGUGGUGGUUCACUCCGGAGUCGUCAUAGCCAUGCUCCAACUCAUACCUUCCAUACAGGACUUGGAGGAGACACAGCAAUCGCUGACUCUGCAAGUGUACAUGACUGAGGUGGUUAAAUCUCUUGUGCGCAGUGAACGCAACCAACAGGUGAUGUGCGACUCAGGGACAACCAUCUCAUUUGCUGUCUGUGGGUCACAAAGCCCUGGAGCAGGAAACUCACCCCUCCACUCCUCCCUCCAGUACAUGUUCGAACGACUGGCCACACAAAACCUGGAACCCAAGGACCUCAGAGAGUUCCUCCGGCUGGGCUCACCGCUGUGUUGUCUGCCGAUGGACACACUGUUCCACUCUGGUAGCCGCAGUGUAGGUGGACCAGUGCCACUCACCCGUAUUAAGACUCUGGUCUCCAUGACAACUCCUCGAUCUCACGAGCCCACAGGACCUUCUGUAGUCAAUGUAGCCACACUCACAGCUCCAGACAGUAACGUGGUCGGUGGCAUCGGCUCUGGGGACCGUAUAUUUCCACCUCAAACGGGGCUGAGCUACUCAACAUGGGUCUGUGUAGAACGGUUUAGUGACCCUCGUUCCGACCCCCAUUGUGUGCGGCUGUUGACUUUAGUACGUAACCUCCACUCAGCACGAGACGACCACCUUAUCUGCCUGGCGAUGGUGCUGUCUGCGCGAGACAAGGCCAUCAUCAUCACCACCCAGGAGACACCACUCAAUCACACGAGUGCAGACUGGGAACCUGAAGGCCAUGGGGGACUCCUGUGCCAGAGUGUGGUGCCCUGA